AUUGUCAGUGUUACUUUAAUUUCAAACCCAAAAUGGAACGAACCAUAACUCCCGAGCCGCAUUUAGUGCCAGGCUAUACUGGCCAUUGUCCAGAGAAUCGUGAUCGCGUUGGCAGCACGUAUGGGAAGCAGACGCACAAGCUGCUCAUCGAUCCGUGCAGCAAUCACGCGCCGGAACUAAUUGUUGCGCCUAUACACGCCAAGCCCGAUCUCAAAGAUUAUCCCACGCAAAAUGAGCUAAAGAUUCUGCACGAUCGUGAUGAGUUCGUGGACGCCGUCUAUCGACAUCCCAUCAUACCGGGCUAUGCGGGCUUUGUGCCCAACAUGUUCACGCAGACGGGAAAACGUUUUGUGGCCGCUGCCGCAGCGGGGGUCGCUCAGCACGAGACCCUGAUGCAGUUGUACCGCUGUGAGAAGCGCUCGCUGCGCCAUCGUGAUCUUCUCGAGAGCGGGCGAGGUCUCUUCGAACACCAGUUGAACGAGCGAUUGUUGCCCCAAUCGCAUUAUCGCGCACCCUUGAUACCUGUGACCAGUUGCUGCAAGGGUAUCAAGGAGGAAAAGUGUCCGCCGUCAACAGAGAAACUUUACUACAGCAAAUUCACCACGCCCCACUUCCUAGACGAUGAUGAUAAGGAUAAGUUCAUUAUCAAUGGCUAUGCCGCUCACAUUCCAAUGGCAGUGACACGCUUUGGGGAGUCGACCAAGGUGCUGACGCACAACGCACUCAGCAGCUUCUCGGAUUAUGUGUACAAGAAGAAGCGGGACAGGUGGUGCUGUGGCCAGGAUUUGACCACGCCGGCUAUUAAGUGUCCCCCCGUUGGACACUUUAUUAUUUAUCACAAGACACAUGGCCUGAAUCCCAGUUACGCGGGUCAUGUGCCAGGACAUAUGUACAAGUUCGGCAGGACAUAUGAGAAGACGACAAUUGAUGCUAAGCGUUGGCUUGAUAUCCACAAGGAUCUUACGGUUAUGCCAGAGAUUGCAAAUUUGGAUUACGAAUACUAAGAAACUGUUUUAGGAAUUUUCGAAUUUGUGUCCUUAAUCUUAUCUUAGUGUUAAAUCUCUUAAGUUAGGCUCUGCAAAUAAUUAGUAAAUAUCCGAUGAAAUUUGAAAAAAUAAAUAAAAGCUUCAUGUGCUU